AUGUUUAUGGCAAGAUCGGAAUAUGACCGGGGUAUCAAUACCUUCUCCCCCGAAGGCCGCCUCUUCCAAGUCGAGUACUCCCUCGAGGCCAUCAAGCUCGGCAGCACGGCCAUCGGCGUGGCGACGUCAGAAGGCGUGAUCCUGGGCGUGGAGAAGCGCGUGACGUCGACGCUGCUCGAAACGUCGUCGGUCGAGAAGAUUGUCGAGAUCGACCGGCACAUCGGGUGCGCCAUGUCGGGCCUGCAGGCGGACGCGCGGUCCAUGGUGGAGCAUGCGCGCGUCGAGUGCCAGUCGCACGCCUUCAACUACAACGAGCAGCUGCGCGUCGAGUCGUGCACCCAGGCCAUCUGCGACCUGGCCCUGCGCUUCGGCGAGUCCGCCGACGGCGAGGAGAGCAUCAUGAGCCGGCCCUUUGGCGUCGCCCUACUCAUUGCUGGCUACGACGAGGAUGGGCCGUCGCUGUACCACGCCGAGCCCUCGGGGACCUUCUACCGCUACGACGCCAAGGCGAUCGGGAGCGGGAGCGAGGGCGCGCAGGCCGAGUUGCAAAAUGAAUAUCACAGGUCCCUCACCAUCGCAGACGCCGAGACGCUGGUGCUCAAGACGCUCAAGCAGGUCAUGGAGGAGAAGCUCGACGCCAAGAACGUGCAACUGGCGAGCGUGACCCGGGAUCGCGGCUUCAGAAUAUACACGGACGAGGAGAUGGCCACUGUCGUCGAGCGGCUGCCGGCGAACUAG